AUGGCCGCCAGCGAUGACUCGAGUCCAACGCGCGACAAACACUCCGUGUCUGCCCUCGACCCUGAGAAGCUUCACCAUGAUGAGGCCCUCAAUGAGGGCGAUGUUGUGACCGCCUCUCAGAAGGACGUCGAAUCACUGCCGGCCAUCGACCAUGCCGCUGAAAGCCGCCUGGUUCGCAAACUUGACUUCUAUAUCAUCCCUCCAACGAUGCUUCUGUACCUCGUCUCGUUUCUAGACAGAGUCAACAUUGGCAACGCGAGGCUCUAUCGGCUGGAAGAAGACCUCGGACUCCGUGGCUCCCAGUACCAGACAGCUGUCAGCCUGCUGUUCGUCACCUAUAUCAUCUGCGAGACACCGAGUAACUUGGUCAUCAAGAGGUUGAGGCCCAGUCGGUGGAUUGCUUUCAUCACAUUUGCCUGGGGCGUCGUGGCCACUUUGACCGGCGUUGUCCAAAGCUAUGCAGGCUUGAUUGUCUGUCGUCUGCUCAUGGGUGCCCUCGAGGCUGGCUUGUUCCCAGGUAUGACGGUUUAUCUCACCAUGUUCUACACCAAGAAGGAGAUCGCACUACGCGUCGGCUAUCUCUUUGUAUCAGCUGCGUUGGCGGGGAGCGUAGGUGGGCUGCUGGCUUACGGUAUCGGCUUCAUGGACGGCGUCGCAGGUCAAGCAGGCUGGAGAUGGAUCAUGAUCAUCGAAGGCCUCCCCAGCGUGGUCUUGGGGGUGGUAGUCUAUUUUUGGCUCGCAGAUGAACCCGAGACAGCGUACUACCUUUCCCAAAAGGAGAGAGAUCUCAUGGUUGUUCGGAAACGGCGGCAGAUUGGACACACAAGCUCCAGCGACUUCCUGCAUAAGGAGGAUGUGAUCAAGGCUCUGAAAGAUUGGAAGGUCUGGGCAUUUGCCAUUGCUCAGUUCGGCGCCGACACAAUGCUUUACGGCUACUCCACCUUCCUCCCAACCAUCAUCAAGGGGCUAGGCCAGUGGUCAACAGCAGAGACGCAGGCGCUCACAGUGCCGUGCUACGCACUGGGAGCCUGCACCUACCUGGUCGUGGCUUCGUUCUCGGACAGAUUCCAGCAACGAGCGCUCGCUGUGAUGCCUUUUGCCGCGAUCAGCAUCAUCGGAUAUGCCAUUUUGAUAGCCGAUGUGAGCCCCGGUGUGCAUUUCUUUGCCUGUUUCUUGGUCGCGAUGGGGUUGUAUGUCACUGUGGGCAUCCCCCUAGCAUGGCUCCCAUCUAACAACCCGCGAUAUGGCAAGAGAACCACUGCCAGCGGUAUCCAGCUCACAGUAGGGAAUGCGGCGGGAAUCAUGGCUCCUUUCCUGUACAAAACCAACGAGGCGCCACGAUUUGUCCGCGGCAACGCUGUAUCGUUGUCUAUGGUUGCGAUGGCUGUCCUCAUCUAUGCUCUCAUGGGUGUCUAUUUCUCUACCCGGAACAAGAACCGUCGAGCUGGAAAAGAGGACUCCAAGAUUGCUGGGAAGACGGAGGAAGAUAUCGCCGAAAUGGGUGAUGAAAACCCGAGAUACAUGUUCACGUACUGA